UUUUCAUUUUUUUUUAUGAUCUUAUUUUUACAGGACUUUGUGGGCAGAAAAGACUUUCGUGAUUUGGAUAUUUGUUCGGUUGACCCUCCAGGUUGUACAGAUAUAGAUGAUGCAUUACAUUGUAUGCCUUUGGACAAUGGAAAUUUCCAAGUUGGUGUGCACAUUGCAGAUGUUACUCAUUUUGUUAAACCUGGUACAGCCAUAGAUCUAGAAGCCAGCCAACGUGCCACUACUGUGUAUCUAACUGGAAGACGUAUCGAUAUGGUACCAGGCUUAUUGAGUUCAAACUUAUGUUCUUUAAGAGGAGGAGAAGAACGUUUGGCAUUUUCUUGUGUCUGGGAGAUGACUCCAAAUGCAGACAUUGUUAAUAGUACUUAUACAAAAAGUGUUAUUAAGUCAAAAGCAGCUAUGACUUACGAUCAAGCACAGUUAAUAAUUGACGAUCAGAACCAAGAUAAUUCUAUUGCCCUGGGAUUGAGACAGCUUAAUAAGUUUGCAAAGAUUCUUAAAAAACGUCGUAUUGAAGCUGGAGCAUUGGUCUUGGCCUCACCUGAAAUUCGUUUCCUCGUAGACAAUGAAACAAGAGAUCCAUUAGACGUAGAAGUAAAACAGUUAAAAGAAACCAAUUCAAUGGUAGAAGAAUUUAUGUUGUUAGCUAACGUAGAAGUUGCAAAAAAGAUAUACUCAGAUUUUCCAGAAUUUGCAGUUUUAAGACGUCAUCCUAAGCCACCACCUUCAAACUUUGAGUCUCUUAUUAAAGCUGCAGCACAUUUGGGAGUGGAAUUAAAUGUGGACACUAGCAGAGACUUGGCAAAUUCUUUAGAUAAAGCUGUUAAACUAGAUAAUCCAUUUUUCAAUACAAUGCUCCGUAUUUUGGCCACUCGGUGUAUGUUACAAGCCGUUUAUUUUGCUAGUGGCACAAAAACCUAUGAUGAAUUUUUACAUUAUGGAUUGGCUGCUCCUAUUUAUACUCAUUUUACAUCUCCAAUUAGAAGGUAUGCCGAUGUGAUGGUUCAUAGACUUUUGGCUGUAUCUGUUGCAGUAGAUAAUACUACACCUGAAAUGCUUGACAAACGAAAAAUUGAAGCACUGUGCCAAACUUUAAAUACCAGAACCCGUAUGUCAGCUUAUGCUGAGCGAGCAUCAGUUGCUUUAAAUACUCAUAUAUUUUUCCGUGGAAAAAUCAGAGAUGAAGAAGGUUACAUAUUGUAUGUUAGAAAAAAUGCUUUACAAAUACUCAUACCAAAAUAUGGUUUGGAAGGAACUCUUUUCUUGUCACCUCGUAAAGGGCAAUUACAAGCGGCUACAUUCAUCUAUAAUGAAGAGGAGCAAACCCAGAGGUGUGGGGAUAUAGUUUUUCGAACUUUUGAUCCAGUAAGCAUUCAGUUAAGUCUUGACAGCAGCAAUGUUCAACAUGAAAGAAUUGUUUUGAAGCUGGUCAAACCGGAAAUACUAAAUUUCAGUGUACCAUCAAUAACUGCAAGUACAGUUGCUGUACAACAACCACAGAAGAACCCUCUUGAACCAUGUGAUUCUCCAUGUGAACCACAACUUAAAAAAGCCAAAAUUUAAAAAUCAAAUUGUUUAUUCUGUUACAAAUAAUAAAAUAAUUUCAUAAACUUAUACUAAA